GAAACAAAAAAAGCACAAAAAAAAUUUUAAAAAAAAGCAAGUGGCAAGAGAGAGAGAGAAUACUAUUAAGGGAGAUUGUGGAUGGUUUUUGCUAUAAGUUUUAACUCAAACUGGCCUCGUCUAUGCUGUAUUGGGCAGUCAGGUUUCUACAAGAUCUUCUUCUAGCUUCUCUAACCUCUCCCUCCCCUCUUUGCUUCCUUCCUUGCUAGCUAUACUAUCUUUUAGCUAAGUCACGACUCUCCUAGGUUUUCUUUUUCUUUUUCGUUUCUUUCCCAAAACCUCCUUGUUUCAAUAUUACUCAACCCCUUCACUCGUUUAUUCAUUUUAGCUUUUAUAUAUACAAAGAGAAAAGGAGGGUUUUUAGCUCUCUCUCUCUCUCUCUCUCUCUCUCUCUCUCAGAAUUCUUUGCCUUUUUUAUUUUAUUUUGAGAGAAGAUGGUGAUCAUGAUUUUCUAAUUUUUGUCCCUUGAAAUAUAUAAUUUUUUUGCAUCAAUAUUACAAGCUGAGAAAGUUGAGAAAAGAGAGGGAAAAAUGUGGGAUCUUAAUGACUCUCCUGAUCAGCUAAGAGACGAUGAAUCCGAGGGGUGUUCAUCACAGAAAACUUCCAUAGAUGGAGAUGAAGAUAAGGGCAAACGGGUCGGAUCCCUGUCAAAUUCAAGCUCUUCAGCUGUGGUCAUCGAGGAUGGAUCGGAAGAAGAAGACGGAGAGAGAGGUAAAGCAACUUUAAAGAAGAGAAGCAGCAAGAUUUUUGGGUUCUCAGUGCCUCAUGAAGAAAAGUCCAUGGAGAGUGACCCGGCUCCUGUGACCCGGCAGUUUUUCCCUCUUGAUCAAGACCAGGAAAUGGGGACCUCUUCCGGCGGAAGUGGAACAGGUUUCCCUCGGGCUCACUGGGUUGGUAUCAAAUUCUGUCAAUCGGAGCCUCUCGUCCCUGGUAAAUCUGUUGAAGUUUCACAGCCGAUGAAGAAAAGCAGGAGAGGACCCAGGUCAAGAAGCUCUCAGUAUCGAGGAGUUACUUUUUAUAGAAGAACCGGCAGAUGGGAGUCUCAUAUUUGGGAUUGUGGAAAACAAGUUUAUUUAGGUGGAUUUGACACAGCACUUGCAGCUGCUCGUGCAUAUGAUAGGGCAGCAAUCAAGUUCCGGGGAGUUGAAGCAGAUAUAAAUUUCAGUAUUGAAGAUUAUGAGGAAGACUUGAAACAGAUGAGUAACCUAACCAAGGAAGAAUUUGUGCAUGUACUUCGCCGACAAAGCACCGGAUUUCCUAGAGGAAGCUCCAAAUAUAGAGGAGUAACCUUGCACAAGUGUGGGAGAUGGGAAGCUAGAAUGGGCCAAUUUUUAGGCAAAAAAUACGUUUAUUUAGGCUUGUUUGACACCGAGAUUGAAGCAGCGAGGGCUUAUGACAGAGCUGCAAUUAAGUGCAAUGGCAAAGAUGCUGUUACUAAUUUUGAUCCCAGCAUAUACGACAAUGAGCUUAAUUCUGGUGAAACUUCAGGUAAUGCGGGAGAUCACAAUCUUGACUUGAGCUUGGGGAAUUCAACUUCAAAGCAAAACAAUCUAGAAUUUUUUGCUGAUAGGCAAAAUGCGACGGGUGAUCAGCAUAGUCUGCCACCUGAAGCUGAUUGGCGAAAUCGGGGAAUUAGUUCUAAGCUAAAUCUGCAGCAGGAACCAUGUGGAAGUGAUGAUGCUCAUCACCGAAGAUCGGAUGGAUAUGGCGAGGCGGAAACAAUGCAGCUGUUGAGCCAAACCCACAUUCAAUCACCAGCCUCAAUUAAGUCUAAUGAAGGGCAUAGAUAUGGACAGUUCAGGAGACCUGGAGGGAACAAUAUGUUUCACAUUAAUCCUCCACACAUUAAUCCAUCAACUUAUCAGAUUCAUUUCCCAAGAAGCAGCAAUGGAGGUCGAUUUGGGAGUGAUCUUUCACUGUCUACUAGUGAUCAACAGUGGCAAUCAGGUCCUCACCAGUUGUUUGGAAAUUCUGCAGCAUCAUCAGGAUUCCCAUCGCCGAUUAGACCUUCCCAAACUUGGCUGCAGAAAAAUGGGUUCCACUCACUCAUGAGACCCUCCUAACCCAUGUAAAAGUAGCCAUAAAAUCUCUUUCUUACCUUGUUGGUUUUGGAAGCAUGUAAAGUUCAAUGCUUAUCCUUUUAUAAUUUUCUUCCCCUCCCUCUACAACUUUCUUAAGAGAGCCAAAAGGGAAAAAAAAAUCAACAAGAAAUUAUUGGAACCAGAAAAGAAAAGAAAAAGAAGGAAAAGAAAAUUCCAUCUCUUGAAGUUGUUGGGCAUGGGUGAAACUAACAAACCAACGAAAACGUUGAACUAGACAUAAAUAUUCUGAGUUCUGACUAAAGCUGUUGAUCUCUUCUAUUGUUUUUAAUACAUUGCUUUACCGCCCUAAGCAGUCGUAUUGGUAUUAUUGUUUUGCCCCAUUUUCUAUUA